AUGAUAGCUUCGCGAAGCACACAAAAAAUAACUGAUAAAGUUAUACCAAAAAAUGAACUUCUUGAACAUGUUGAUAUUAAAGAUUACUACGGACAAAAUUUGAAAUUUCAUACCAUAUCAUUUGAUUAUAUGAAAAAUUUAGAUCCAAAUUUAACUAAAAUAAUCAAAUUACCUGCUACCCAACAUGGAUUAAUCUCGGCAAUCAUCCAUGCUUAUACUUUUCACCAGCACCUUCGAAUCUCACCAGACGACAUAUGGUUAACAGUUGCGCAAGGUGUUAGUAAGCAUAUUUGGAUUAAUAAAGAACGUUUUCGUCACUUGUUUGUCGACCAUGAAGGACAAAAGAAAAUCGAGAUUGAUGCACGUACUUUUUUAUUUUAUAAUUAUGAAAUUAUUUAUGGAGAUUGGCUACGAGCGAUUGAACAACUUUCUGAUAAUGUUGAAAGACAAGUUAAAAUAUCAGGUUUGAAACAACUCCUUGAAUGUGAUUUCUCAACAUCAACUAAUGCGUCUACUACUGCAAGUAAGGUUGUCCUGCUAGAUUCGAUGAAGGGUUAUUUUGUCUACAGACUUCGUGGCGGAUGUGGCAUUCCGAAGGUUACUCUUGAAGGUACAUUAGUAGAUUGGCUUCAUCUUCAAGAGAAGGUCGGAAAACUCCGUAAUUUGGGAUUGGAACUCGAUUUCUGGUUAGAUAGGUUGGAACCAGUCAUUGCACAAUUCACUGAGACAUAUAAAGGAAACGUUGGCGAACGUUAUUGGAGCAUGAUUGUUUCUCAGGUUCCCUUCGGUUCUUUCAAAACAACUGAUACAUGGUCAGGAUGGAUAAGUUCUUUACUUCCAUAUGACUCGAAAAAUUCUAAGAUUACAAAAAAUAUGAUUACUGGCGAUGAUGUUCCUUCUGGAUUGGUAUCCGUUCCAGUCGAAUUUAAACUUGAAGGACAAAAAUCACAUUUUGAUUUGAAUUGUGUUGCAGGGUUUUUGGGUGCCAGACAGGAUAUAAUUGAUGGAGAAUAUAUUGUUUCACCUGUUAUUGUCACGUAG